UUUUUUCUGGGAGUCAAGUUUCAAGCGCUUGUAACCGAUCCGUGAAGAAAAACCUUCAUCAAUUAUUUACGCUGAUGUUUACCUGACGCAGCUGCAGAGUGGGCACGACACGGCUUCAUUUUAACAGAGGGAAUUGUUUGGGACAAAGAGGGAUUCAUUUGGAAUACUUGCCCCCGUCCGAUCACGAUGUGGAUUCGGGAGUUUGCAUCGAAGAAAGUUUGAAAAAAAAAAAGAAAAAGUUUCACAAACGCGUGUUUUUUUUUUGUUUGCAGACGCCAGUGUCCGGUUGAGAGGGAAGCACACACACAAAGACAGCAUGGAUACCUUCAGCACAAAGAACCUGGCUCUGCAGGCGCAGAAGAAGCUGAUGAGCAAGAUGGCAACCAAGUCGAUGGCCAGCAUGUUCAUCGACGACACCAGCAGCGAGGUCCUGGACGAGCUGUACCGCGUGGCCAAGGAGUACACGCGGAACCGCAAGGAAGCGCAGAAGGUCAUCAAGAACCUCAUCAAGACGGUGGUGAAGCUGGGCGUGCUCUACCGCAACAACCAGUUCAACGGGGAGGAGCUGGCCCUGGUGGAGCGCUUCCGCAGGAAGGUCCACACCCUGGCCAUGACAGUGGUUAGCUUCCACCAGAUUGAGUUCACCUUUGACCGGCGCGUCCUCUCCACCAUGCUCAACGACUGCAGGGAGCUCCUGCACCAAGCUGUCAACCGCCACCUGACGGGCAAGUCCCACGCCAGGAUCAACCACGUCUUCAACCUCUUCGCGGACUGCGACUUCCUGGCUGCCCUCUACGGGCCCUCUGAGGUCUACCGGCCGCACCUGCAGAAGAUCUGCGAGGGCAUCAACAAAAUGCUGGACGAUGGUAACCUCUGACCUUCUCAAUGUCCGUUAUCUCAACCCGCUCCCUGAUCAGGACAGGGUGGAAGUGAGACUCCUAUUGCGUAGCAGUUUCACCCAUUCCAGGUUCGACGAUGAGCUUGAUUAGCCACAGCGUGGAGGUAACAGGUGUGUCUUAUGAAAGUCGGGGAAUGGAUCAAACUGCUGUGCAAUGAGAGUCUUAUUUCCAUCCCUGACAUAGGGGCUGAUACUGAGUUUUUUGUGCAAGUGAUAAAUUAAGACUUAUUGCAGAAUGUCAUUCAAAGAAGAAAUUAAAUGAAGAUGUGAUAUUUGUUUUCCACUUUGGGGAGGGCUGGUUUUUAUUGUAAGUCCCAAAGACUGACCUACCAAACAAAGUCAUUUGCAUUAAACUGAACAGAACAGAGCAACCCCCGACAAUUGUAACAUUCUCUCGACCAAAGAAACGGGACUGGAUCGAAAUAAGUCAUGUUCAUUUAUAUUUAUGCUUUGAAAAUUACAGAUCUGCCAUUCAGGAAAACUAACUUGUGAAUGCAGUUAAUGCAGGAGGCAGGGGAAGGCUGUUGUGGCAAUAUAAGAUAUAUAUAUAUAUAGGACUGAGUGGCAGUGCUCUGCCCAGCACCUGGAUUCAUUGAGGAUUACCAAGGCUGUUUAUAGCCUGACGUUAACAAGUCGAGGCACCUUGUACAGGUAUACACAGCUGUGUGGCGACACCUGAACAUGGUGAUGUGUACAGGGCUUGUGCUUCCCCAAACAGGCACCCCAGGGAAACAAGGACUUGUGCUGCUUAAUGCUGCCGAUCAUUGCUGUCUCUCUUCUGUGUUCAAAUCAGUUCUCCUUUGCCUCCACUUCAAGGCGUACGGCAGAACCUCUGGGCAAAGAACAACCUCCAAGCCAAGCCUUUCAACCAGUGUGAAAAAGAGAAGACAGUAUCACUCGGACGCAUUGAUCUAUCGGCAUUCUCACAAUAAAAAGGGGAAGCUGCUGGGGAUCCGUGUCACCUCCCCACUAUUGUACCCCCCAAUCCACACCACCUAAACAAUACGCUGUUUGCGCACAUCGCACCACGCGAUGGCCCUUCAUAAUCAAACCUUUAUAUAGGGUAGAAAAAGGGGAGGCUGAGUUGGGCAGGAUUUUUCUACUCCCCUUUAAGGUGUUAUCUUUUUACAAAAUUCAGGCAUAAAGAAACCCGUUUCCUUGUACAAUGGGGGUUUGGUGCCUACGUAAUAUGAUAUAUUCCUUCUUAAAUUUAAGAAUUCCAUUUGGUGUGAGUAAUUCAUCCCACCUGAAGGAGGGGGGGGGGGUUAGAAAGCUUAGACCUUUUGCCUCGCCCUGAUUAACAUGCAUGUGCAUCUCUGGAAAUAUUCGGGGUAGGGCAGAGGUAAAACAAACUGUCUGCUGCAUAACGGUUUUAGACGCCUUUAUGCUCCACACAUAAAGAAAAGUGACAGUCUGGUUAUGGGGUUAUUGUUUUGUGUUUGUAAAUAUUAAUGAGGUUCAGCUGUACUGAUGCCGUCUUGUCUUUCAGAAGUACGUUUGCACCAGGUUUGAAUUAUUCUCAUUGCUGUUAUAUUUGUUAUCGUUGUUUUAAAAUGUUUAUGAUGAAGGCAACAAUGAUGUUAAUAUAAUUUGUUGUGUGCUUACUUUAAAAUAUAUAAUUAUAUAUAU